GUUCAAGUUCGCAUCGUUCUGUUAUAUCGAUGACUUGGGUGAGGUCCCGAAGGGCGUAGAUGUUAAGCAGCUGCAGCCCGGGAGUUUCAAGGCGUUCCCCGACUGUUGGUUUUGAAACAACUGAUGCCACCUUUGGGGGAUACCUGCCCGAAGCUCUGGCCAAGGGAGCCUACAAGGUCCCCCCCCAACCCCUGGUGGUCAACAGGAAGGGCCUGGAAGGAAUCCAGGAGACCGUCAACCUCCGGCGCCUCAUCACCGAGAAGGGUCACGAAGGGGUCAAGGAGGCCAUCAACCGCGCGAGAGGAAACAUGGAGGAAGACCGGGGGGAAUCGUCGAUCAAGCUCGUUGUCGAGCGACCGUAAUAGCAGCUUGCGGGAGUGGGGAGGGGGACCGUUAAAGGACUGUGGCUAGACAUGUACAUACGUGUCGAGUUUCAAGCCUACAAUUGGUUAGUACCACAAUACCUUACAAAUGGGCCUUUAUCUUGCGAC